AUGGAAGAACGAUUAACAUGGCGCUCUUUGCCCAUGAAUCUUCAAGUUCUCUUAGGUGGAAUCUUGCAAAAGAAGCGGCCAUUGCAAGAACCAAGUUCUGAUCCCACUGCUAAAAAAAGAUGUGCAAUGUGCCCAAGGGGUAAGGAUCGAAAAACCAAGGUCACCUGUGGCAUGUGCCAAAAACCUCUUUGCGGUGAACAUACUGAGGCCAUGUGCCAAGAAUGUGUUACCAAAAACCAUUAA